GUCAUUAAUGAUCUUCUGCCAGUAAAGGCCAGAAAGGAAGUAGACAGACUCAUCGCUGAGUUACAGGACGCUCAGUUCAAACUGGAGGUGGUACCCACCACUACCAUAGAGUUUGUCAACUCGCUCACAUUCCUUGACGACAUUCAAGUCAGGAUUGAUCCUUUGGAGAAGGAAGCCAUGAUUGUUAAGGACAUGUAUGAAUUAAUCGAGCAGUACAAUGUCCCGACACCACCAGAGGAUUUUGCUGUAUACCAGACAUUGAACCCCAGCAUCACAGGAGUAAGGAACGCCAUAGAUAAGUCACUGACCGAAAGAGAUGCCAACAUUGACAAGAACUGUACACACCUGGAUAAGGACAUAGCCGAGCUGGGCAAGGAAGUCAAGGAAAUCAAACAGGAGGCUCAGAACCCAUUGAUCCUGGACUCCACUGCAGAAAAAGACAAGGUCCAGGGAAUACUGAAGAGAAUGCUGAACCAGAUCGAGGGUCUACAGAAACAGGCCUUCACCUACAAGUCCUACCAGAAGAACUUUAAGGUCGAGGUCACCAAGUACGACGCUCUGGAGGAAGUCCACGCGGAACUGAAGCUCAAGGAACUGCUGUGGACCGCCAUUGAUGAGUGGGACGGCCAUAUUAAUGAGUGGAUGAAUGUUCCUUUUGAGACGCUGGAUCCAGAGCAGAUGAACAACACAACCAUGAAGUUUGCCAAAUCUGUGAUGCAGCUGGAGAAAGGUCUGCCACCUAAUGGUGUUGUCCCCAUGCUGAAAGAACGCGUGGAAACCAUGAGAGACAGGUUGCCAGUAAUCACAGACUUACGUAACCCAACCCUGAAGCCGCGUCACUGGGAGGUGAUAGAGCAGAUCCUGGACUACCACUUCACCCCCGAGGACCCCCUCACCCUGGGGAAACUCGUGGACAUCAAUGCCUUCCGCAGCGGAGAGGCCCUCCAGGAAAUCUCAGGCCAGGCCAGCUCCGAGGCCAGUCUCGAGGCCAUCCUCAAAAAA